CAAACAAGGCAGGAAUCUUUAUAGUACCGACCGCACUUUAUCAUAAUUCUCAACUUCGUUUCUCACUUUAUAGUUUUCCUCUGGUUUCUUGUAGAAGUACCCAGUACCCUUCUCUCUCUCUCUCUCUCUCUCACACACACACACACACAAAGCGUUCUUAAUCGAAACUUCUCUCUCUCGAUCCUUUGAUUCUCUUGCAAUCUUUAACCAUGGUGCUUGAGGCGACAAUGAUCUGUAUCGAUAAUUCGGAAUGGAUGCGAAACGGUGAUUACAAUCCCUCCAGAUUUCAAGCUCAAGCUGAUGCUGUUAAUCUUAUUUGUGGAGCUAAAACCCAGUCCAAUCCGGAGAAUACGGUGGGGGUUCUUACAAUCGCAGGAAAAGGGGUUCGUGUUUUGGUCACUCCUACUAGCGACCUCGGCAAGAUCUUAGCUUGCAUGCACGGUUUAGAAAUAGGUGGUGAGAUGAACUUGGCUGCGGGUAUCCAGGUUGCUCAAUUGGCUCUUAAGCAUCGUCAGAACAAAAAGCAGCAACAAAGGAUUAUUGUCUUUGCUGGAAGUCCCAUCAAACAUGAUAAGAAGGCAUUAGAGAUGAUUGGAAGAAAGUUGAAAAAGAACAGUGUAGCACUUGAUAUUGUUGAUUUUGGUGAAGAUGAUGAUGGGAAGGCAGAGAAGUUGGAAGCUCUUCUUGCUUCUGUUAACAAUAAUGACACCAGCCACAUUGUUCAUGUUCCUCCUGGUCCAAAUGCUCUUUCUGAUGUGCUUAUCAGUACACCUAUCUUCACUGGUGAUAGUGAAGGUGGAAGUGGUUUUGCUGCAGCAGCGGCAGCAGCUGCAGCUGGUGGUGUUUCUGGUUUUGAAUUUGGUGUGGAUCCCAAUCUUGAUCCUGAACUGGCCCUUGCUCUUAGAGUUUCAAUGGAGGAGGAGAGGGCCAGGCAAGAAGCAGCUGCCAAAAAGGCUGCAGAGGAGGCUGCUAAGCACGAAAAAGGGGAGGAACAGCCAUCUAGCUCACAGGACGCAACUAUGACUGAAAGUGCCAGUGUUACAGCUUCUGAAGCUGACAACAAAAGAAAUGAUAUAACGGAUGAAGAGAAUGCUCUCCUACAACAAGCUCUCGCAAUGUCAAUGGAUGACCCCGCCUCUAGCCAUGAAUUGCGAGAUACAGAUAUGUCAGACACUGCUGCAGAUGAUCCAGACUUGACACUGGCUCUUCAGUUGUCUGUGCAAGACAGUGCAAAAGAUUCAGGAAGCCAGACAGAUAUGAGCAAGUUGUUGGCUGACCAGUCUUUUGUAUCCUCCAUACUUGCUUCACUUCCAGGGGUUGAUCCAAAUGAUCCUUCAGUUAAAGAUUUGCUUGCUUCUAUGCAAAGCCAGUCUGAGCCCCAAGAAAAGAAGGAUGAAGAUGAGCCGAAGGAGGAGAAGUGAUAAUUUUCUGGUGUUGCAUUCUUGUGUCAGACAUUACCAUCCGAGUUCUCCCUGCUGCUAUUCUAUUGUCAACUUAUUGAAAGAAUGUUUGAAUUUGAAGGGGCAUCAAAUCAAUCUUUUUAAGCUUGUCAGACUUUCAGCUUCAUAACUAGCGUUUUGGAUCAAAAAUCCUGCAGGUCUGAAAGCCCUUCACUGUGGCCGUUUUAUUUGUGUUGAGAUUUGAGAGGGGGCUUCAGAAGGCAGGCAUCAUUUGAACGUGGAGAAGAUUAAUUUGUAUCCCUCUUUCAAUGUUUCAAUAUUACAUUGUUACGUUAAAAUUCAAACCUGUCUCUGGUUUUGUUUCGAUCUUGGUCUAAAUGAUGGGCAAUGGUCAUGAAUCAUUGAUUGAUUGAUUUUGCUA